UGUCCGCGGCGAGCAGCAGCCCGGAAGUGAGUCUGGCCGCGCCCACUACUAACGUAAAUCGCGACGUCGUACAGAAUAAACUCCCGCUGCAAAAUGGCGGCGGUGCCAGAUGAGGCGAGUGAGUCGGUGAAGACGGAGCCCGAGCUCCUGGAGGAUGUGAAGUCGGAGAACUUGGGCUGUAAUGACAACGAAGAUGCGGUGCUCGGCAACGGGAAUGGGGUCUCCCCGAAGCCUCCGAGUCCCCAGGCUGCAGCCCCGGCAGCGGCGGCGAUGGUCACCCCCCAGACGGGGAGCUCGGAGGUUCCGGACCGGCAGACUCUGCUGGCCGUACUACAGUUCCUGAAGAAGAGUAACCUGAAGGAGUCUGCGGACAUACUGCUCCGGGAGGCGGGAAUCCCAGACGGGGAGGACAAGGCGACCCUGAGCCCCGAGCGGCAGAGCGAGCAGGACGGCGCCGAGCAGACUCUGCUGAGCCGGGUCACUGCGGGGAGCGCGCCCCUCAACACGGCGCCUGGAGUGUCCGCCAACAGCGCAGGGGUGCUGGGGAAAGGUACACAGAAUAACAAUGCCCAAGAUCAGCCGGAUGUCAGCGCUGUUCUGUCUGCAUACACCCAGCAAGGAGAUCCAGCCCUAUAUGAGGAGUAUUAUAGUGGCCUGAAGAGAUUCAUAGAAUCCGUCCUGGACUGUCAUCGAGCUGAGCUGUCUCAGCUAUUCUACCCCCUGUUUGUCCACAUGUAUCUGGAGCUUGUAUACAAUCAACAUGAAAAUGAAGCAAAAUCAUUCUUUGAUAAAUUUCAUGGAGACCAGGAAUGUUACUAUGAAGAUGAUCUCCGCAUUUUGGCCAGUCUCAGUAAAAAAGAGCACAUGAAAGGAAAUGAGACCAUGCUUGACUUUCGGACAAGCAAGUUUGUCUUGAGAAUAUCUCGAGACUCUUACCAGCUAUUGAAACGUCACCUACAGGAGAGACAGAAUAAUCAGAUCUGGAGCAUAGUACAAGAACAUCUGUAUAUUGAUAUAUUCGAUGGCAUGCCACGUAGUAAGCAACAAAUUGAUGCCAUGGUUGGCAGCCUCUCUGGAGAAGCAAGAAGAGAGGCAAACAAAGUCAAGGUGUUCUAUGGUCUUCUAAAAGAGCCAGAGAUUGAGGUGCCUUUGGAUGAUGAAGAUGAAGAAGGGGAAAAUGAAGAGGGGAAGCCAAAGAAAAAGAAGCCCAAAAAAGAUAAUAUUGGUUCAAAAAGUAAGAAGCAAGACCCUAAUGCUCCUCCCCAGAAUAGGAUUCCUCUCCCAGAGCUAAAAGAUUCUGACAAACUUGAUAAAAUUAUGAUAAUGAAGGAAGCUGCCAAGCGUGUGCGACUUGGUCCUGACUCUUUACCAUCAAUAUGUUUUUACACGUUCCUCAAUGCUUAUCAGGGUCUGACCGCGGUGGAUGUUACAGAUGAUUCCAGCAUGAUUGCAGGAGGCUUUGCUGAUUCAACUGUACGCGUAUGGAGUCUGACACCUAAAAAACUACGCAGUGUUAAAAGCACAACUGAUCUUAAUCUGAUUGACAAGGAAUCGGAUGAUGUUCUUGAGCGAAUUAUGGAUGAGAAAACUGCUAGUGAGAUGAAAGUUUUAUUUGGUCACAGUGGUCCUGUAUAUGCAACCAGCUUCAGCCCAGACAGGAACUACUUACUAUCCUGUUCAGAAGAUGGCACUGUCCGGCUGUGGAGCCUACAGACCUUUACUUGCUUGGUAGCCUACAAAGGACACAAUUAUCCUGUAUGGGAUGCACAGUUCUCUCCAUAUGGUUAUUACUUUGUUUCUGGAGGGCAUGACAGGGUGGCACGCUUAUGGGCUACUGACCACUAUCAGCCACUACGAAUAUUUGCCGGCCAUCUGGCAGAUGUCAUAAGUACUCGUUUCCAUCCAAACUCCAACUAUGUAGCCACUGGUUCUACAGACAGGACAGUAAGAUUAUGGGAUGUGCUCAAUGGGAACUGUGUGAGGAUUUUUACUGGACACAAGGGACCUAUUCACUCACUGGCCUUUACUCCCAAUGGAAAGUUUCUAGCCAGCGGCAGCUCGGAUGCCAGAGUCUUGCUUUGGGACAUUGGUCAUGGUUUAAUGGUUGAAGAGUUGAAGGGACAUACAAACACAAUCUAUGCACUUAGAUUCAGCCGCGAUGGAGAGAUUUUAGCAUCAGGUUCUAUGGAUAAUACAGUCUGUUUAUGGGACGCAAUAAAGGCUUUUGAAGAUUUGGAAACUGAUGACUUUACAAGUGCUACAGGCCAUAUAAACUUGCAUGAAAAUUCCCAAGACUUGCUGUUGGGCUCUUAUUUGACAAAGUCUACCCCUGUUACCCAUCUUCAUUUCACAAGAAGAAACCUCUUACUGUCUGCUGGAGCAUAUAGCCCACAGUGAAUGCAUGUACUUUAAGGCUAAUGCAAGAAAAAAAAAAUCAUCAGUCACAAAUAUUAAGCCAAGGGCAACAUCCAGCUUAUGCAAUGAAGCUACCAAAUGGCAUUUACAUGUCAAUUUCAGCAAGAUCGUCUUGCGUUUACAGCACUACCUUGGUUUCACUAGGGCCUGACUUUAUGUGAAAAAACUGGUGCUGUGAUUGAUGAGCACUGAGUGCUUGUGUACACACAACUGCAUCAAUAGGACAAAUACUGAAUCAGCAGUGGUCUUGGAUUUUAGGAGGUAUAAAUAAGUUGGUCUUAGUCUACUGCACCAGUAGAUCAGAUGUAGUGGUAGGAACAAUCCUUCAGAGCCUCCUUUAAGUUACAUGAUUGGAAGUGCCUCAUACAACUGUGCUAUCUUAACAUUGAUUUCAGUGGUGCUGGAGAAUGGCUUUGUGGAGUUUCCCUUUAAAGAAGCAGUCCAGUGCUGAAAAACUUAGGAUAGGGGAUAAGUUUCAGAUUGUGGGGCGAUCUCCUGUAUGGGGCCCCGGCAGCCAGCGGGAAGGGGAUGUAUUGACCACCGCACGAAGCGGCAGCUGACAUGCCCCCUCCUCAAUACAACUCUAUGGCAGAGCCAUAGUGCUGUAUUGACGGGACGUGUUGGCCACGGCUUUGUGUAGUGGUCGACACCUGCUAUCUGGCCAGCGAGCCUGGCCCCUGUACAGAAGAUCGCGGUCGCACCCCCUGCAAUCUGAAAUGUAUCCCCUUUCAGCACUGCAUUACGCCUUAUAAAGGAAAUCUGUCAUCAGUAUCACCCGCACUAACCUACCAUA